UGGGGCAAGGAGGUGCAUGGGGCUGGGACAUUCUCAGUGUGACACUGACUGCGUUCCACUCUGGGCCCCUUUGGCUCUGGUAACACUUGUGUUUGCUUAUAGGAGCUGCAGGGCAAAGGAACCAGCCUCUAAUCCCAGCUGGCCAAAAGCAGUGGUCAGCCCUAGGGGGAUUCAUGUCCCAACCCAGCUCUCCUGGUGGCCUAGCCACGAGCGCCAGCCCCACUGCAAAUGAAGGCCCUGCAGAGAAUGCCGUGUGGGCAGACAUCAGGGCCUUGCUGCCCAACACGAAGGAAGACCUGAAGUUGGACUUCAGCGAGAGAGUGGAGGAAAGUGUCAUCUCAUUGCUCCAGCAAGCUAGAGAUCUCCUCUAUGGAGCUGGAGGUCUCUGCUCUGGAAGCACAAGGGAAACCUGCUUUCGAGUCAGUGAGAUCAUACUAGAUUACACUUGGGAAAAACUUAAUAUUGGGACUUGGAGAGACGUGGACAAGGACUGGCGACGCGUGUAUUCUUAUGGCUGCCUUUUCAAAGUGCUGUGUAUGUGCAAUGAGCAAGAUGCCACUGCAGAUACAAUUCGGGUCUGUGACAUGGGACUGCUGAUGGGAGCGUCCAUCCUGGAUAACAUCCUGGUUAAGGUCAUUAAUGUUCUACAGAAGCAUCUGACACUUGGGAAAAGGUCUGCUGAAGAGGACACACAGGAGUCACGCAGAAAGAAAAUCCGGAAUGACCAGCCUGCUGUUCCAGUGAUAAAAUCAGAAGAAAUAAUCCCACUGCUUCACUGCCCUUCUCUAGAGCAUUUCAGAGACAAUCACAUGACUCCACAAAAGCCUGUUGUCCUGGAGGGAAUUGUUGACCACUGGUCAUGUAUGAAGAAAUGGAGUGUGGAUUAUCUCCGCCAAAUUGCCGGCUGCCGCACAGUCCCUGUGGAAGUGGGUUCCCGCUACACUGAUGAGGAAUGGUCUCAGACACUCAUGACUAUCAACGACUUCAUUGACCAGUAUAUUGUUACCAAGAAUAACAUUGGAUACCUUGCCCAACACCAGCUUUUUGAUCAGAUCCCAGAACUGAAACAGGAUAUUUGCAUCCCUGAUUACUGCAGCUUGGGGGAAGGAGAAGAAGAUGACAUCACCAUUAAUGCUUGGUUUGGUCCAGAGGGAACCAUCUCACCUCUUCAUCAAGAUCCACAGCAAAAUUUCUUAGUCCAGGUAAUUGGAAGAAAAUACAUCUGGCUAUGUUCUCCACAGGAAUCAGAAAAUCUAUAUCCACAUGAAACCCAACUUCUUCAUAAUACCAGCCAGGUGGAUGUGGAGGAACCCGAUUUAGUUAAAUUCCCCAAGUUUGAACAGGUUAAAUUUCAAGCUUGUAUUCUGACACCAGGACAGGUUCUGUUUAUUCCAGUGAAAUACUGGCAUUAUGUACGAUCUCUUGAUGUCAGUUUCUCUGUCAGUUUUUGGUGGUCAUAAGCCAUUAUUCAAUGUAAUGUAAUAUAAAAAUAGCAGCAUGCUGUAUUCUUGAUUAGUGAAAGAAUGUUCAGACCUUCAACAGAGGAAGGCUUUUCAUAACAUGAGAAUGUUCUCAUUAUCUUCUGCUUAAAGUGCAGAGCUGAGUUAAGAAAUUAAAUUUUUUCAGCUGCCCAAUGGAGCGAGAAAUCUAAACAAAGAAUCAGAAAUGAAGUAGCUGCAGCAGCCAUGGUUUUGUGGCUGUUUCCAAUACAAAUUCCUAAUAAAGAGCAUCCAUCGAAUGAUCAGCUCAAGUAUACAUCCCAAAGCAAGACUAUAUAUGGGCAUGAUCAUGAUGCUGGGCUGUCCAAGUGAAACUGAAGGGAGCACGUGACCCAUUGUAAGUUUACCAUCCAUCUGAAUGUAAUAGUUGCAUAGUCUAGACUUUCAUUGUGAUGGAUAAUAGUGAUGCAAAAUUUCAGAACAUAAAAAGGAGCCAAGCCAUAAAGCCAGGCAACAGUCCCCUGUGCAGUAAAAUCUGCUGCUAAUGAGGGCUGGAAGUGCCAUUCUCUGUGGAUUCAGUUAUCAAGCUCAGCUGGAGUACGUGUUGUGCCCUUUGCAGGGAGAUGGACUAUAUUCCUUUCAUUGCCACUAGCAACUAAUUCAUGACCACCCUCCCUGGUGCAGUUGGCAGGGUUUGGUGGUUCUCUCCCUUCCAACCCAUUGUAAGGAAACAGACUAUUCUAAAAUGAUUUUUUAAAAUAGCUGCUGGAGAAAUACAUUAAUAUACAAAACAGGGACACUUCGGUGACUUCAUCUUCUGACCUAACAAAAAGCCCAUUUGCUCACAG